AUGAGAGGUAUAAUGACAAUUAUAUUACCAAUAAUAAUCUAUCAAUUAAUAAUCAACUUUCCCUAUGUCGGUGCAAAUUUGAUUGCGUUCAAUAAAGACGAUGUUUUGAGUGCGUAUGAGAAUGUGGAUAUUAGAGGGAUAAAUCAAACUGGCUAUGAAAAAAUAGUCGGAACUUUCAAUAUCGCAAGGUUUUUAGUUCCUAUUGCUUCCUUCAAAGACGACGAAGAUAAUAACUUAAGAUGCAAAAUAGACCCAAAAUCUUAUGAUGGUGUUGAUGUUUUGGUUAUUUCUUUUGAGGAUGCUAGAUCAGUCGGUAAUUGUGCUACUUAUGCUGAUAUUCUUCAAAGAAAUCACUGGCCAGAACCAGCUGGUAAUACUAACGUAUUAACAAAUACGGAUGCACCUGCUAACACGGACACCAUUAUCAUAAACAACAACACACCACCACCUCAAACUGAAGCAGCACCACAAACUACUGCACCACCUCAGGAAAAAGUACCGACACUUACAGACACUACACCACCACUUCAAACUGAAGCAACAUCACAAAUUACUGCACCACCUCAGGAAAAAACACCGACAUUUACAGACACUACACCACCUCAAACUGAAACAGCAUCAUCAACUACAGAUACUUUUUUUGUAGACGGCACUUUGUCGAUAUUUACAGAUAUUACAUCAACUCAAAUUGAAACAGCGUCACCAACUACAGAUACUUUUAUUGUAAGCAGUAGUACACCACCUUUGGAUAAUACAGUUACUUCUAGUGUAACUGACGUCACAGAUAGCGUAAACGGUAAUGGGCAGAGCCAAGCUAAAUCUCAAACAGUUCAACAGCAAACAUCUCAAACUCCAACCAAACAAACUCCCAAACCGUCACCAACAUCAUCAAAAAAUAAAAUUCUUGAUGUAACAGUGUCCGCAACAAUUUCAUCUGUAAUCGGUGUAGAUGUUGGGGUCGGAGUUAAAACCAAUAAAAAACGUGAUUUGAACCUUAAAACCCCUCAAAUGAUACUUUUUUCUUCAACAAAUGGCGGAGAUCCUGGUAUUAAAGAACUUUUUAGUGGCAAUAGAGAAACUUUAAAGAUGUCAGUGCCCAUACUAUCAUUAUUAAAACUUGAAGAUGUUAUAACACUUCAAGGAAUAUUAGAUAGAAUUGAUCAUGUAGUAGUCACCCCUGAAAGUGGACCUUGGGUAAAAAUAUUAUCGGGUACAGAAUGGCUUGUGUGGUCAGUUAUAAUUAGUAGUUUGUUCAUUGGCAUUGUAUUUUUGGCCCUUUAUUAUCUAGUCAAAACCUAUCAAGAUAUAGUGGCGUUUAUAAUCGUGACUGUUGAUCCUGAUGAUAUUUACGAGGAUCGGAUUUCUUUAUCAGACUUUAAAAAAGUAUUGGGUAUUAGUUAUGCAAUGGAGUCUGUGGGUUUGGUUGUUUUGGGAGUUGAAUUUCUGGUUUUUGGGUGGUUGAUUGUUACAGCAUUAAGAAAAAGGGUUUCACAGAUUCCUUUGCGUCGAAAUAGAUUAAGAACCAGUAGCAAGAUCACAUCAAAUUUAGCGGUAGUAUUAUGUAGUGUGAUAAUUAUAUUAGUUUUACAAGAUAAAACUAUUGGUAAAAGUUUGAGCCAAUCGAAUUUUACAAAUAAAAAGAAAAAAUCUGUUGUAUCGGCUAUAACAUUAUCAGAUGAUGAUGAUAAUAAUGCAUUAGAAAAAGACGAAGAAAUUGAUGACAAUGGAAAUAAUAAUUUCCCAACAAUAAUAUCUACAUCACCGGGAGAAACUUCAAUGAUCGACAUACCAAUAACCCCAUCUUCCAUAUCACCACUUCCCACUAUUUAUUCUUCGACUUCGUUAAAUCCAAUGCUUGAAUCUCCAUUCAAUGACGAUAGCUAUUAUAAUUACCGAAGGAGAAGCAGCGAUCCAUAG